ACUCACUCAUUGGGCUUGUGCUGAGUGGGUGUGAUCGUCUUGUACAAAAGUUAUUAAAUAAUCUAGUUACAAAUCAAUAAAGAUUACUUAUGUUUACAACUUGAAAUAUGUACCAAGGUGACGUAUUAUACUGUGAAGUGUUCAAAGUGACGUACAAUUAGAAUAACGAUUAAGGUAACUGAAGAUGUUCUCCUAAGACAAAAGGCUUCGUCCUUCACACAUUAGCUAGAGCAUCAUUGUUUAAACAGUUUGUUAUCUGCACGUCGCCGAUGGUACUAGAUGGUGAUUAUAGAAAUGCUAACGAUGUUACACUGCACUCAUGAAAAGGCCCAGCAAACUGUCACUUCUCACCCCUGAAGAAAAAGUGCAAUAUUUAUUUAAAAAUGGUCAUCUAAUUAAAGAUAAAUUUAUACGUAAAGCCCCACUGAACAAUGGAAAAAUUGAUAAAAGCUCUUUACCCAUAACCAAAAAUAGUUUAGUAUCCAAAAGUGGAAGGAUUAGAAAGAAAUGUAUGGACAACAUAAGGCUGUUUGAUAACAUACUGAAAACAGAACUUAUGAUUGACGAUUCUCAAAAGAAAAAGAAACUGACCAAGGUCAAGUCACCUGCCAACAACAACAAUGAUGAUUUAAGUGAUCACAAUAUUGAUUGGGAGCUUGCAGUAUUAGAUCCAUCUAACCUUCCAACUGUUUUUAAUGAUCUUAAAAAGCCAAAACCAAAGAAGAAGCCAGUGAAAUAUAUACCAAAAAGAUCCAAACAGGUUACAGCUUGUGCUCAAAAACUUCAGUGCGAUUACUGUGCCAGAAUGUUUGAUACAAAGACAUCUAUAAGGAGACACAUUUACGGGCACCUCAAUCUAAAGCCUCACAAAUGCCCUCAUUGUCCUAAAAAAUUCAGAUAUGUAACAAAAAUUCAAGAACAUAUAACACAAGAACAUGAUGAUACAAUUAGAAACUUCAUAUGUGAUAUAUGCGGUCAAUACUACCUUUCAAAAAAGAAUUACAACAUGCACUUAGCAACUCAUAUGCGCAGUGACGAUGAAUAUAAAUGUUUAUUUUGUGAGGAUACAUUUGGCCAAUAUUCAGCGCUGAUAAAACAUGAAAAGCAACACUUGGUAACGGGUCGUUACAUAUGCACAAUAUGUAAAAUGAGUUAUACAUGCCGUGAUCAUCUCUCUAUGCAUCUUAAAGGGCAUCUCAAGAUAAAAGAGUUCAUAUGUCAAUUUUGUGGUAAAGAGUUCUUGAGAUCAAAUUCCAUGCAGAGACAUGUGUUGGUAUGUCAUGCUGGACAUAGAAUAAAAUGUCCGAUAUGCAAAAAAGAGUUAAAAGGCCAUCUAACUGAACAUAUGAGAACUCAUGAAAAGAAACGACCUCAUAAGUGCCCUGAAUGUGGUCAACGUUUCACACAGUCCACCCAGUUAAAUGUACACAGACGAUCACAUACCGGAGCUCGACCUUAUCCAUGUAGGAUUUGUAAUCAUCGCUUUUCUCAUUCAAACGCUUUAAUGCUCCAUAUCAGACGUCAUACUGGAGAAAAACCUUUCCCUUGUGCUAUGUGUCCACUUAGAUUCUCCCAAUUGCCACAUAUGAAAGCUCACAUGAGAACAAUACAUGGCAAAGAAAAUGCAUACAAAUGCAAAAAGUGUGAGCAGUUUUUUAAAUUGAAAGUUGACUUAGAAAAUCAUGUAAAGAACUGCACAGUUGGUGACAAAGAAUUGAGUUAUGAAGAACAAAUCGAAGAGUCCAUUAAAUUUGAAGAAAUUGAAGUUGAAUCAGCGAUGAGUCUGUCUCGAAUGAGGUACCUUCUAGCUCUGCUGUUGACUAUGAUCGCCAGCAAAGACAAACUGAAGUACUUAGGUGCGUAAUUUUUUUAUUGAUAUUUUUUGAGUUUUUACACUUUCUCAUACUCAAUUGCACUCUUUUUUAGUGUGAAAACAUGCUUCCUGUGUGUUUGCCAGUAACAGGAACCCAUUGUGGAAGUGUCAACAUAUUCAUAAUCAUUAUCAAAGUAUAUUAUCAACAAAAGAUAAAAUAAAAGCUUAUCAAUAGUGUUAUUCACCUACAUUAGACAUCAACGGGUUUUCAUACCUAAAAUAAUAAAGCCACUAUAACAUGUUUGAACAAUAAACUAAUUAAUGCACUGUCAUUAAGGAUUUACAAGUGUGGUAUUCUCAUUAGUAAAACAAUAUGCAAAACUUAGUUGACAAUAUUCAUAGCAGUUUAUUAAUAUUCAAAUACAUGCAUACAAGGCUUGAAGUUGACAUUGUUUUUUUUUAUAAUUAAAUGUAAGGAAUGAAAGUGAGGUUUUAUAAGUAGAGUUACAUAUAGGAUUGUUUUCAUUUACAGAUGGAAUUUAUUGUCGCCUUGGUUGACGUUACUGAUAAGCAUUUUGUUUGAAUAGUGAAACGCUUAUCGGAUAUUUUAUUUGGUUUGAUUCCUACAGAAAACCAAACUGUUUAUUACAAAACUUUUUUUUUGAUCAUACUCUUUGGUGUUAGUCCAAGAAUUGUUAGACAUUUUUUUAAAGUAUUUGAGGCAUUAUAAAAUCUUUUAAAAUAGCUUGUUAUAAUAUCUGAACACUAAACAUGUAGACCUGACAGAAGGUAAUGCAAUUUAAUUAUAUAAUUCAAGGUCAAAGGUCACAACAAUCAUUUUCAAUCAUUCUGCAAUUCUUUUGUCUUCACAUAUUAAGUUUAGACUGAUAAACAAUACAAAGCUUUCAUCCAUAUACUCUUUAAAAGUUAGUUGUUUUCCCGCGACUCCACCCGCGUAAAUUAUCCUAGGAUUAUAUAUUAUUAUAUAGCUACGUGAAGGUGAAAAGCUGAGCGCAUAAAAAUGUUUCAAACAAAAUUUGCCUCAAAUUCAAUUCACCACAAUUUCUUAAUAAGGCUAUAAUAUCAUUGGGAAGAUCGAAACCGAGAUAAUAAUUCAAAAAAUGAUUUGUGACCUUUCACCUUGGAUAACUUAACCAAAUGCCAUUAAUGAUUUUAAAGUAUAAUUAAUUUAAAAUUUAAGCUAUUUUUAUUAUGUUCAAUUCAGUUGUGUUUUUAUAUUAUCUUUAACAUCUAUUGGGUUUUGAAGUGAUAUUUUUGUGAGUGUCUGCUUUUUGUGACGUGCAGCAUUUCCUCAGAUCAUAUCCUAUUAUCAACGGAGCUUUAUCAUCCUGGUUUUUAUUUUAGCCAAUGUUUUUGUUAAUUUAAGCAGCAGUUGCCGACGAGUUACAUCGUGAUGUCAUUGGUAAUGUCAAGAGAGUGAGUUCAUCUCCAUUAUGUUGUUAAUUUGUGGUGCUGGUCGGUGAUGGUGGGGCUGGAUAUCGAUUUGGGGAGUGGAUUUAAUUUUAAGCGAAAAUUUAUAUUCGGCUUUGUAUAUGGUGGUGGCUGGUUAAUGAAGUAUCCGGUCUGAAGUCUUUAUAUACACACACCAUCACAUUAGGUUAACACAAUAGGCCAAGUGUCUGCAAUUAAUUUUGUCGUUAACUGUCACAGAUUAAGAAAGACUUAAAAUAUUUGGCCUUUUGUAGUAACUUGACGUGCUGCCGUCUGUGCCGUUUAUCAAGAAAGUCCAUAUUUAUUAAAGAUGUACAUAUUUUUACAUAGCUUUAGAUUAAAUUGUAAAUAGUACAUACAGUUUAUAAAAAAAUUGCUCUCAAAAUAAAAUAGUUUAAUGGUAAUAAUCACAUAUUUGUAAUUAUAAACCAAUAGAAUUUAUUCUGUACAUAAUCAAAAUAGAAUAACAUAAUUCAAAUAUAUUUUGACAAUUUACUAAUAUAUCAUAUUUUUACAACAGGUUUCAACAAACGGCUAAUAGACGAAUUACUGCUAGAAUCUCUCGAGGCUAUGGGCAUUAAGCCAUGCAAAGAUGAAUCUCUGACACCAAUAAGACGUCUUAAAACUAACAUCGAAAUGUUACUUAAUGGAACUGUGCCCAAAGAACAGAUGGAAAAAUUAAAAAAUGAAAAUAAGUCCACAGAAGAAAUUUUGGAACUACUAACUGAUGAGAAGAAAACUGAGUAAAAUGACUAUUUAUCAUACCAUUUA